GGAUGGCCAGUUGUUCCUUUGACACACAGUGGGCAGGGGGUUGCCGACCCCUUAAGUGUUCGUAUGCCGCUGCUGCCCCAUGGCGUGGCUCGGGCGGUCUCUCCCCGCAGGCAGAAAUCCAACAGGUGCUGCUCGGGCGGCGGCCGUUGGCGCGAGAAGCUUCGCCUGUUGAGUUUCUGUCGGGGAGGAAGCGGCAGCCCCCUCGCCCCGCUUCACGUGUAAUGAGGGGCUCUUCACACGUUGCACCGCGAAGGGAAGAAAGGCGGGCGAGACACGGCAAGCGGCGAUAUUUAAGGAACGGGAGCCAUGACGCAGCCACCGACUUCUGGGUGGAAGGGCAGCGAUUGUACUGCAGCAACUACCAAAUCAGCAGGCUGUAGAAAAACCGGAACCUUGUGCCUGCCUGCUGUUUGGGAGCCUGUGUGGCUUUUCUGAGUUCAAGAGCUUUCCAGAAUUCGCAGGAGGCUGAGCCAGAGAGAGCUAAGGGAUGCAGGCUACUUAUUGGAGGCAGACUGCCAUUGAAAUCAACCAGCUUGUCGAUAAUAUAAUGGCUAAUAUCCUUUCAAUGAAGAGGGACAUGGAAGACAGCUCAUCUGCAAGAGCAUCUAGCAACAGACGUUCCUGGCUGUCCCAGUCCAGCAUGCGAUUUGAGGAGAGGCGCCUACAGACUUUCCAGCAUUGGUCGGAGAGCUUUCCUACUUCCCCAGCUGACCUGGCCGCUGCUGGCUUCUUUUUCAUUGGGCCUGAGGACAGGGUGAAAUGUUUUUGCUGUGGUGGGGUGUUGUUUGACUGGGUUGCUGAGGAUGACCCCAAGGCAGAGCACAAGAAGUUCUUCCCAAGCUGCUCUUUCAUCCAGGGGAAGGAUGUAGGAAACCAAGAAAUGCUUCAGGCUGAGGGCCUCCAGGAUGCUGUGGACGGACAGUUCCUUGGCAUGUUGCAAAACUUAAGCAUGGAAGAGGCCACUGUAGACUUUCAACCAGAAUACCCAGAUAUGGAGACAGAAGGAGAUCGCCUGGUGACUUUUGAAAAUUGGCCAGCUUCUGCUCGGGUGACUCCAGAGUCGCUCGCCAGAGCAGGGUUUUUCUACACAGGCCAGGGGGAUUUUGUGCGAUGUUUCUACUGUGAUGGAGCUUUGAGGAACUGGGAGCGUGGAGAUGACCCAUGGAUGGAGCAUGCUGUUUGGUUUCCAAGGUGUAAAUUCUUGCAGCAGUCCAGAGGGAGUGACUUCAUCAACAGUGUUCAAGAAGCACAUAUCAAUCCUAUACUCCCGGAGGACAACUUACACUGGCCUGAACAACAUCCCACCAGCUCCCAAGAGCCUGCUCAGAGGCAAGCAGAUUCUCAGAGAGUGAGGAGAGAGGCAGAAACAGGACGUCCAAAUGAACCAGAGUCUCCUGUGAGCACGGAGGAGGAGCUGCGCCGGCUGCGGGAGGAGCGCAUGUGCAAAGUGUGCAUGGACAAAGACGUGUCCAUCGUGUUGGUGCCUUGUGGCCAUUUAGUGGUUUGCACAGAAUGCGCUCCUAAUCUAAGACGCUGCCCCAUCUGCCGAGGGGUCAUCCAUGACAGUAUGAAGGCAUUCCUCUCUUGAACUGGGAAGAAUCUUCAGAGGCCAGAUACUUGCUGCUUGAUGGACCCGUUUUGGCCCACAAUGACCCAGCCUGAGGGGACAUCAACUGAAGGAGCUUUGGAAUGGGUGCUGGCACCCCGAGGGACCUCCUUCCCAGCCGAAAUGAUCUUGCAGGACUUCUCCAUGUGUGCUGUUUGGGGCUGUUGGGAAUUCCCUUACAGCAGUAUAAAAAAAGAUCAAGGACAAAAUAAUCCCAAAGGACUUUCUGGUCUGUGAAACUAUUGACUUUUCUCUUUUUUUAAAGGGAUUACUUCAGAUUUGAAAGAUGGUUCCUUCCUUGCUGAUGUAAUGUCUUGGAGCAGAAAACUUUGUCUAGGUUCUUUAGUAACUUGGUGGUUUAUUUCUAUUUUUUUACCACUUAUUUUUUCCUUGGAACAUACUUUGUUUGAAUAAAGGUACCUUUAACCCU